AUGAGAAUUGCUGUGAUUGGAAAGUCAGCCUUUGGUGCUGAUGUGUACAAACGACUUAUUGAAAAUGGUCACAAUGUAGUACUGGUUUGUACUGAAUUGGACAAAAAUGGCCGUGCUGACUUGUUGGGUAUGUCAAUAUUUUUUGGUUUUUCUUUGAAAAUUUAGGUGAAAUAUAGAUGGAUAUAGCAUUAUAUUAUAGAGAAAUGAAUUUCCUACCAGAUAAUAAAGCUUUUAGUUCAAAAAGUAAUGUCACUUUUCAAAAAUUUCAAAUUAUAUUAUCCAUGACCACAUAUAUGUAUAGGUUAUUUCAAAACAUCAUAUCUUUCUCAAUAUUGGACCAAUCAUAGAAAAUCAUACCUCAAACCAAAGCUAAAACCUUUACUUUCAGCCUUAGAAGCCGAAAAGAAUGGCACUCCGGUGAUCAAGUGUAAAAGCUGGCGGAAGAAGAAUGCCGAAGGCAAAUUCGAAGUUUUGCCAGACCUUUUCGAACAGUACAAAAGCUACAAGCCGGAUUUGAAUGUGUUGCCAUUCUGUACUCAGUUCAUCCCAACUGAAGUUCAGGACUACCCCAAGCAUCGUACUAUCAUUUAUCAUCCUUCCAUUUUGCCCAAGCAUCGGUAUGUUAUCUUUGCUUCGUUUAAUAGGGCCGUUUGGUUAAAAAGUUGAUUUCCUUUAACAAAAUUAAGCCUAAUUCUGAAAAAUUAGGUAUAUUUUGUAAACCAGUGUUAUCUUUCAUUAUCGUUUUAAAUUGGCUUUCAAUAUUUUUUCCUUGUUUUCAGUGGAGCCUCAGCCAUUUCCUGGACAUUGAUCGAAGGCGACGCCGAGGCUGGUCUUUCAAUCUUCUGGGCUGACGAUGGCCUCGAUACCGGACCAAUUCUUCUUCAAAAAUCCUGCAAAGUUGAAGAGAACGACACCUUGAACACCCUGUACAAACGGUUCUUAUAUCCAGAAGGCGUCAAAGCCUGUGUACGAGCUGUGAAGUUGAUUACAGAAGGAAACGCUCCUCGUAUCGUUCAACCAGAAGAAGGUGCUUCGUAUGAACCAUACAUCACUGCCAAGCCAGAGUUGGCCGAGAUCAAAUGGGACAAGCUGGACACGCAGAGGAAGCUACACAACUUUAUUCGUGGUUGUGACGCUGUUCCUGGAGCUUGGACCACUUUGAAUGGCCAGAAGGUUCAGUUGUUUGGCUCCACCUUGUGGAAACGAUAUGAAGUUCCUGGCAACGCUAAAGAAGUUAAGGCGUCUGGAUCACCUGGAAACAAAGUUUGGACUCACGAUAAGGGUCUUCUGUUCAAGACUUCUGAUGGUCGUUACGUUAAUGUUGAAAACCUAAAGUUUGAAGACGGAAAGAUGAUCAAAGCCAACCGAUUUGGAGCUGCUGAUUCUGCCGACGAUGAGAAAUUAGAAUUGACUCCAGAAGAAAAGAAGUUGGUAGAGCCGAUUCGCGCUUCAUGGUCCGAUAUUCUUGGUGGAGCCAAAGUUGACGAUGCUACAAACUUCUUCGAUGAAGGUGCUACCAGUGCUGAUUUGACACGUUUGGUCGAAGAAGUCAAGACGAUCAGCUCCGUAUCGCUCCAGAAUGCCGAAGUUUACAUGUGUCCAACCUUUGGUGAAUUCGUUACAGUAGUCGUGAGGCGACUACGUGGUGACGACGGUAAAAAGCUAGAAUUCAAAAAAUUGGAACGUCACGUUAACAACAUGGACAUUGUCGUUCCACUACAAGCUUUGAUUAACGGCGAAUUCUCAGAUUCAUCCACCGGUGAAGUCAUGCCCACGAUCGAUCCCAGCACGGAAGAAGUCAUCUGUCAUGUGCCCAAAUGUACUCCGGAUGAUGUGGAUCGUGCCGUGCGUGCCGCUGAUGAAGCGUUCCAUUACGGAGAAUGGUCAAAGAUAUCGCCACGAGAACGUGGAAGAUUAAUGUACAAGUUGGCGGACCUUAUGGACGAACAUCGUGAAGAAUUGGCUACGAUUGAAGCUAUUGAUGCUGGUGCGGUUUAUACGUUGGCUUUGAAGACUCACGUCGGUAUGAGUAUUGAAGUAUGGAGGUAUUUCGCCGGAUGGUGCGAUAAAAUUCAUGUAAGUUGA